GAGCAAGUUGGAGUUGGUGAAGUUAAUAAGGAGCGCACAGGAGUAUGCUGCUCCGUGACGCAGCCUAUAGUAGCUCCACUUACGUUUCAUAAUUUGCGACCGACCUAACAUAUAUUCUAUGGAUCGUUUCACAUCGAAACCACAUUCUAUUCUUCUUGGUCUUGACUUUACUCUCUCUCGGAAUUUUGGGUCUGCUCUAAUCAUCCUCAUCUCUCCACUCCUUAACCUUCAGAUCAGGUCGGAGCAUCUAAGUUUGAAGAGUUGCACGUGUUCUUGUUACCCUUUUUCUUCAGCCAAGUUUCAUGUCUGAUCUCGACCUCCAAGUUCCUAAUGCUUUUGAUCCCUUUGCUGAGGCAAAUGCUGAUAACUCUGGUGCGGGUACAAAAGAUUAUGUGCACAUCCGUAUACAACAAAGGAACGGUAGGAAAAGCCUGACAACUGUGCAGGGUUUGAAGAAAGAAUUCAGCUACAAUAAAAUUCUGAAGGAUCUGAAGAAAGAAUUUUGCUGCAACGGCACUGUUGUCCAGGAUCCAGAAUUGGGGCAGGUUAUUCAACUUCAGGGUGAUCAGCGAAAGAAUGUUUCAACAUUUCUUGUCCAGGUUGGAAUAGUGAAGAAAGAGCAUAUCAAGAUUCAUGGUUUCUGAUUGCCAUCAUCAGUCACUGCGCAGUUACUAUACUUGUGUUUGUUCCAAAUAAUGCUGCUAUGAACUAAGUUGUUGUAAACAGUAAACAUGGUAAUGUUGACUUUCUGCUGGUUUGAUAUAAGUAAUGUAUUUGUUCUUGCUUUUCUGCGUAA